UUCCAUGCAAAAGAAAAAAAAUCCCCAAAUCCCUCACACCAAAAGGGAAUUAAAAAAACCCUAAUAAAACACGGAACUCCAAAUACAAAAGGAAACACACCCUUUCUCUCCUCUCAAAAUACCUAUUUUCCAUGUAAAAAAUAAAAAAAUAAAGAAAAAAAAUUCAUCGCUUAAUGCAUGCAGAAAAGAAUAAGAAUAAAAAGGAAAGUGUAGAUGCAUGUCGGUGGAAUAACAGUGGAUCUGAAUUGGUUACUACAAUUUAUUUUCACUGUCUUUAUAAUAGGUUUAGGUUUGUUACACCUCGUUAAGAAUACGGCGUCGAAGUAUUUCGAAGUCGACGCCAAUUUCGAAGCGGCUGAGAGUAACCACACUGUUAUUGAUCCAAGUAUUGUUAACCAGGCAAUGGAAGCUGAAGAGGAUUCUCUUCGUUGUGUUAAUUGUGGCAAUUCGGGGUCUAAAACGUGUUCUCGUUGCAAAUCUGUGAGAUAUUGCUCACAGGGAUGCCAAGAAGCACACUGGAAAGCAGGCCAUAAGUUAAAAUGCAAGGAUUUCAAAGCAAACUCAUCACAAACAGCAAAAUCAAACUUUGGUUUUAAACCUUCAGGUGGCGGGAGCAAAAGUUUUUCUAGCAUUGCACUUGUUCCUGCCAGUGGAGGUUCUAACUCUAAGCCUAUAAAGAAGCCAGGAAAGGUUCUUUUCCCGUAUGAUGAAUUCAUCAAACUUUACAACUCAGACAAACCCAGAUUCCCUCCCUGUGGGCUCUUAAAUUGUGGAAACAGUUGCUUUGCCAAUGUGGUUCUGCAAUGUCUCACUUACACUAGGCCACUUGUUGCCUACUUGUUGGAGAAAGGUCAUCAAACAGAAUGUAGACAUAAUGAUUGGUGUUUUCUUUGUGAAUUUCAAUCCCAUGUUGUAAGAGCAAGCCAAAGUGCACUUCCUUUUUCACCGAUGAAUAUUCUGUCUCGGUUACGCAAUAUUGGUGGUAAUCUUGGCUAUGGAAGACAGGAGGAUGCUCAUGAGUUCAUGAGGUUUGCUAUUGAUACAAUGCAAUCAGUUUGCCUUGAUGAAUUUGGUGGAGAAAAAGCUGUUGAACCUGCCUCCCAAGAGACUACAAUAAUUCAACACAUAUUUGGGGGUCGCCUCCAGUCUCAGGUGAUAUGUACAAAGUGCAAUAAGAUUUCAAAUCAGUUUGAGAACAUGAUGGAUUUAACUGUUGAGAUUCAUGGUGAUGCUGAAUCCUUGGAGGAAUGCCUCAAUCAAUUCACAGACAAAGAAUGGCUCCAUGGAGAAAAUAUGUACAAAUGUGAUGGGUGCAAUGACUAUGUCAAGGCAUGGAAGCGUCUUACCAUUCAACGAGCUCCGAAUGUUCUUACAAUCGCGUUAAAGAGAUUCCAGAGUGGGAGGUUUGGUAAACUUAACAAAAGGGUAACUUUUCCUGAGACUUUAGACCUGAGCCCCUACAUGAGUGAAAAAGGAGAUGGCGCAGAUGUGUACAAGCUUUAUGCAGUUGUUGUCCAUGUUGACAUGCUAAAUGCAUCAUUUUUUGGUCAUUACAUCUGCUACACCAAGGAUUUCCGUGGAAACUGGCACAGAAUUGAUGACUCUAAGGUUUCUAGUGUUGAAUUGGAUGAGGUGCUUUCUCAGGGAGCCUAUAUGCUUUUAUACAGCAGGGUUUCUGUUCGACCAUCAUGUCUCAGAACCAUUGAGCCCUCAAAGGAGCAGCAAUCAAUCGUGAAAGUAGAAUUAGACUCCUGCACUGAGAAACCAGCUGGACACCUUUCACCAAUGGAGUCAACGGAUGCCACAAGUUCUGGGUUCCUAGCACCCGCACCUGAAAGUAGAAAUUCUGAAUUUGGAAGUGCAUGUCAUGAGGAUGCUGUGGUAAAUUUUGAGUCAAGCACAGCAGUUUCAAAGGGUGUUUCAUCCUGUGAAAAUGAGUCACCAUCUAAAGCUGACAUGAAAGACGCAGAAGAUUCAGGGGUUAAUCAUAAUUCUGAGUUAUCUUCAUCUGCUAUGGAGGAGGAUCCUAGGGACAUACCAGUUGCUUUGAGUUCUGGGAUUAUUCAUGAAGUUCCAGAGGAUAUGAAUGGAAUUGAUUCCAGCUCCAGUUCCUUGAUUCCAGUGGGGGUUUCUGACUUAAAGAAGGAUUCCUCAACUGCACUUGAUUCAGAAGCUGUUGUGAUAGAGCAUUCCUUGGACCAUUCAGAUACAGUUAUGUACGAAUCAGAUUCUGCUGUUGCUAAGGAUAUCAAAGUAAAUGGCAGUAUUCAUUCAUUCUCGAACGAAGAGAUUUCAACAAAACCUAAUAGUUUGAAACGUCAGCCACCUUUCCAUGAUUCGGAUGGCGAGGACACAAAUGGAGCUAAAAGAGCAUAAACAGUAGAUAGUUGUUGAUGACAAUGAAGCAUCAUCAAAAUCCCUAAUCAAUUGUUUAUAUUUUUUAAACGAUCCCAAUCAUAGAAGGAAAAUUUGUGUUGGGCAUUUUUCAUCUGGGGUUUCAUUAUUUGCAGAAAUCUCGGAUUCCAUUUGUAACAGUUCUAGAUGGGGAGCUUUGCCUUCAUCUAAGAGACAGAAUAGGAGGAUGCCAUAUCAUCAUGAGCAGGAACUUGUUUAUAGUCUACCAUGUAAGUUGCUAAGAAAGUCUGGUCCAAGGUAAGCAAAUGACAGGUUGAUUAAUGAAGAAUUUACUGUUUAACUUUCUCCUCCA